GGGUAUGUCCAGGGGAAACUUGUUAGGGUUUAUGGAGACUUUACAAGGAGGGUGGUGUGGUCUCACUGGACGGAGAAAGGUGGUUAACGCCGCCGAUAUAGUCAACUUUUUUCCGAUCAAUUGGAAGACUGAUCUCACCGUACGCCGCCGUGCCGGAAAUAUAUCUCCAUAGCCCCACCGUUAUGUCAGCCCGUCUGGGAUAUAUUUUAGAUCAUGCAAGGAUGUUGCGUUCUAUCUAAGAGAUCAAGCUAUGAUAGAUGUUGAAGGUGAAAUGGAACAGAUGAAUAAUGGUAGUCGUAUGUUACUUGAACCUAUUAGUGAAGUUUCCAGCUCAUCUCUUCAUGAGGUAAAUAAUAACUUGGCCGCAACAGAUGAUUUGUAUGAUGUUGAAGUUUCCAGCUUUAUUGACUGCUUACCAUGUGGACUAACAUUUGAACUCAUGGGUGACCUCGAGAAGCACCUGGCGAUUUUUCACAAGGAAACCACUCGAAGAUUUAAUCUUCCCACCAGUGAAGGCACAAUGCUCUGUAUUUUAGAAAAGCAUGUUGUUAUGGAGCAUGAUGAGCCACAGCUAGAAGAAACACGCCAUCAGCAGAAUGGGCAAGCAUCUUCUAGUUCACAAAACAUGGCGGAACCACAAGAACCGGUUCUCAUUGUCAAUGGCAAGUUCAAGACAAGAUGUACAUGGUGCUACAAAGAGUUCCUUUGUGAGGCUGUGGACGCUGAAACGAUGGCCGAAGCAAUCGGCUUCAUGUGUCCAAAAUGCAAACGAAAAGUGUCGGGGGUCUUGGAAAAGAGUUGUCAAGGUCUUGUAAACAAUAGGUUAUUGCCAAAUAGUUAUUAGUUUGAGGUAAUGUUUUCAGUUAUGGGGAAAGAAAAAUGUAUACUAGGCGAGUAUUCUGUAUUUAGCUUUCCCUGGUAGUUCAUAGAGAUCCAUUUCAUAAUUUAACCUUACGACGAUACCGUCAUUUCAUGCUUUCCUGUUAAAUAUGCUUUCCUAUGACUAGCUUCAAAAAAAUAAUUUCUAGAAUUUGUGUUUUCUUGUUUC